GUCCUUCAAGUGCGAACGCACUUUAAUUGGCCUUGGAUGCCAAUGGAUCUAAGUCUCGAGAGAGAUUGUAUGAAAGGUUACCUUUAUAAGUGGACAAAUUACUUGAAGGGAUAUCAAAAAAGAUGGUUCGUAUUACAGAAUGGCUUGUUGUCGUAUUACAGGAAUCCAGCAGAGAUGGCUCAUACUUGUCGUGGAACUAUCAAACUUGCGGAUGCUACUGUUAAGAAAAUAGGGGCGGUCUACUUGGAAAUCUCGAAUAGCAGUGCACAAAAAUUUCACAUAAAGGCUAACUCUGAGAGUGAGCAACUAGCAUGGUUGUCAGCCCUUUCUAAUUCUAAAACAACUGCAGUGGCUUUACGGAAGCAAGGUUAUGAUUCAGAUGCGUAUGCUGAUGGAUAUGAAGAUGAUGAUGAUUACAAGACAUCGUCUACCACUGACGAAAAUGGAAUUAGGUUUAUUAACGAUGGGCUUGUAAAACUUGAAGCCCAUGUGACUGAUCUUGAACGUUAUCAGUUGACAAUGGAUCGAAAAGGUGAGGAACUUCGACGUGCUGUCGGUGAUGUAGAGUCUGCUCGUGAUCCCACUGAAUUACUGCAACGUUUUAACUUGGCUCGUGAACGUGCCACGGUUUUCAAGGUCGCCAGUAUGGCGAUGGUUAAUUCUUGUUCUGAAUUUACGCAUUUUACUCGUGGACAGUUUGCACGAUGGCAGCGUAUAUUCAACAAUCAAAAUGAACGUUGUGCUUUACUUGAACAAAUGAUUGAACAAUUAGCUAAACAGUUACGUCAGUUAGAAUGUUUAACGAGACAAAAUAAUCCGCAAUCAACCUUAACACUUGGAUCAAGUGGCGGAACUGUCAGUUCGUCGCUGAAUAUCAAGUCUGUUUGCCGACCUCCUGGCCAGGCAGUCCGUGUACAGCAUUUACCACAUACUGAGGCACAUCCUCAUGAAGAAAACGUCACCGCUUCAUUGGAUACUGCUCAUAAUACUACAACAACUGAUGUUAGUGAAGAAAAUUCAAACAUUUGUCCUGACAAGUCUUUGAAAGCCUCAGCAAAGCCUAUCAGCUCAUUAGAAUCGUCCGCUCAUCAUUUUCCUCACACUAGGGAAUUUAUAGAACAACAUUCCUCGCAGCAUAAUGAAGAUACUUCCGAUGACGACUUUUAUGAUGCAGAGGAGGCUAAUUCUGAAUUCUCAAUAACUCUGCCUGAUCUUUCACCGAAUGAAUUGAAAAAUAAUGGGAACAAAGCCUCUAGAAAAACUUGCGGAAAUUUGGCUAGUAACAAAUCGAAUGAUAAUCAAACAGGCUUAAAUAAUUCUCAAGAUGAAGACUCUAUAAUACCUGCUGGUUCUGAUAUUGCUGACGAAUAUGAAUCCGAUGUGGGUUUCACUGACGAUGAAGCAGAUGAAUAUACUGAUCAAAAUUCACAAUCGAAUCAAUUCGCAAAGCUACGUGAAGCACGUGUUAUACAACCUCGUAGUAGACGAUGUGGCAGUCGAGCUGGCACUUUAGUUUCAUCUGGUGAUUGUCGAAUGACACAGGACAUACCUACGACUGGGGAAUCUAAUAGUCGUGGUCAUUACCAAGCUGAUUCAGAACCGGAUGUAAUUAAAAAACGUCUACCUAUUGUUAGAAGACUUUCUAUACCUCCGAAACCUAAUAUAAGUUUGAAUUUAUGGAGUAUCAUGAAAAAUUGCAUUGGAAAAGAGCUGACAAAAAUCCCGAUGCCUGUCAAUUUCAGUGAACCUUUAUCAAUGCUUCAACGUCUAACAGAAGAUUUCGAGUAUUCCUCAUGCUUAGAUCAUGCAGCUGCUUGUCAAGACUCAUUGGAACAAAUGGCAUAUGUGGCUGCUUUUACUGUAUCCGCUUACGCUACAACUGCAGUGCGUACGAACAAACCAUUUAAUCCUUUAUUGGGUGAAACAUAUGAGUGUGACAGAACUGAUGAUUUCGGCUGGAGAUCGUUUGCUGAGCAGGUCAGUCAUCAUCCACCAGCAUGUGCUUUACAUUGUGAAAGCAAUGCUUGGUAUUGUUGGUUUGAUUUUUCUAUGACAACUAAAUUCCGUGGCAAAUACUUACAGAUUAAUCCAGUUGGUACAUGCCAUUUAGUAUUUCGUCGAACAGGUCAUCAUUAUACAUGGCAUAAAAUUCCACUAACUGUUCAUAAUAUCAUUGUUGGACGUUUAUGGAUUGAUAAUAGUGGUGAAAUGGAUAUUAUAAAUCAUAAUACAGGUGAAAAGUGUCAUCUCUCUUACAAACCUUAUUCAUAUUUUUCUAAUGAGAAACCACGUCGGGUUACAGGUGCUGUACUUGACAAGUCUGGUGAUGUACGGUAUGUUUUAAAUGGUACAUGGGAUGAUUCACUCGAGUAUGCACCUGUAGUGAGCACUAGACAUUCACGUAAUGGGAAACCAGUAUUGGAAACUGGGCCUGCACGUGUUCUGUGGCAGAGUAAUCCUUUACCACCUGAUGCAGAACGAAUGUAUUGUUUCACGCGUUUAGCAUUGCAGCUGAACGAACCUGAUGAGGAUGUAUGCCCUACUGACUCUCGUCUGCGUCCUGACCAACGUCUUAUGGAAGACGGUCGUUGGGAUGAAGCUAACAGGGCGAAAGUAGAACUUGAAGAACUACAGCGCCAACGGAGACGCCAAAUGGCUGCCGAAUUAGCCGCCCAGUCACUUGCUUCUAGCAAACAGGACGAAACGAGCGACACACACAGUAAAUCUGAAAGCUCCGUUUCUGAACAAUAUAACAGUCAAUCAAGUCCGUCUGCUAGUAACUUGCGUAAGUUCUCAAGAGUUAGUGGGUUUCUUGUUGCUCUUUCAUAUAUCUAAUAUUAUUGUUGUUUUUUUAUUUAGAGUCUAGGCAUGUGAAUACCAUUUAUGUUUUUUGUAUAAAUUCCAUUAUCAUUAUCACCGCUUGAUUACUCGUCAUUUCUGCAUAUAUGCACUGAAGAAUAGUUUCGUUUUUGACUACACUUUGGAACACAAAACAAGGGGAAAAUAGGACUUUUAGAAGUAUUCAGAAUAUUCAAAAUAACUUGCUUAGUUACUUAACAGUUUGUAACGUCAAAUAUACAAGUAGUGUGAUAUGGUGAAUUUUAAGUUACACAUUCUUUGUUGAAUAAGCACUCACUUAUAAAGCGUCUUCACUACACAUUUGCAAGUUUAGACAAGGGAUGUUUUCCUUACUCUGUAAAGAACAAUGAUAUUUCGUUAAAUACAUAUAAUGCCUUGAUCAUGUAUGUAUCCUAUCAGUUAGUGGUGUUCAAACUGAGAAUUAUCUCCUGUAAUAUAUUCUUUUUUUGGGUUGCAGGUCCGAAUACACACACAGUUGUGACUUAAGGCCAAGUAAACAAAUUUGUACUUGUCUAUUGAGUUCUAUUACUAAAUUAACAUAUCCUGCUUCGUGUAAUGUCAUGUUUCUAAUGGUUAUUCAUUAAUUUCAUUUUUCCAGUCGAUAUCGUUGAUAGCCAGCAUAAACCAUUGUGGUUUACAAAAGAAUUCGAUCAAUUUACAAACAAAGAAACGUAUAUAUUUACUGGGAAAUACUGGGAGCACAAAUUAAUUCAUGAUUGGUCAAUGUGCCCGAAGAUCUACUAAUCUUCAUAAGUGCAGAAAAAGGGGAUAUACAUAUUCGCCGUACUAUUAUUUUUAAUUCUUUUUUUCUUGCCAGUGAAUAACUAAACUAAUCGUGAUAGAUAUUAUUUGUUUCCGUGUUACAGACAUGGAAUUAUUCUUAUACUCUUACAACAGUUAUAAUAUAUUGAGUAUUAUCAAUAUUCAAGAUUGGUAUGCACACACUUAGAUUUGUAAUCGUAUUCGAAUAAUUCAAGGUCAUUCUCAUCAGUGUCAGUAAUUUUUCAAGAAGUUACCCUUUCUCAGAAAUACACAUUUUUUCUUGCGUUCUCUGAUUUCUGUGAAUGAUCAUGAAAAGAAGUCAUAAAGUUUAGUCUGAUGCUUAUCAGUACUAACACUCCCAUAUGCGUAUACUGCAUUAGUAACUAUUUAGUGUGACUGUAGUUCACUUUUCUCACUUGACUCCGUCCAGUUGCAUCUGAUAGCUAUUUACUUCUACUUAUUAGCAAACAAAAAUUUUCAGUCAAAUCCAAACGUUACUCUGAUUUCUUACAUCAGGUAUACAAACUAAAUCCUGCUAUUUGAUUCAUGGUUGUUUCUUUCUCCAUACAUGUUCUUGAUCAGUUAUUUACUUUUGUGAAGAAAAAGCAUCAUAUCUGUCUAUAUUUAAUCGACAUGUUCAUUUCUAUUUUUCCACCUGUUCCUUAUUUGUGUAGCAGAAAUUUCUCCUAGUGUUUACAAAAGACACUCAUUUUGUGAUUAAAAGCUCUCACUCGGUUU